GGAGUAAAUUAAAAGUACACUUUAUUGCAGAUUUCUUUCAGUAUUUACUUUCAUAAACAAUAUUCGCCGGACGAGGACGAAUCGUAUAAUUCACAUCUAACUGUUACCAUACAUUGCCAGGAAAACAACUACUGGUGCAACAUGGCAUCUCAAGAGAGACCCUUACAUAUUGUAACACCAACUAUACAUAGUAUGCCUAUAAGUAAACUAACUGGCUAUGAUGUAUACCUGAAACUAGAAAAUCUCCAGAUACCAGGAUCAUUCAAAAUCAGAGGCAUUGGAAACCUAAUUAAAAAGGCAUCACAGCAUGGUUGUAAGAAGAUAGUUUGUGCAUCAGGAGGAAAUGCUGGCCUUUCAGCAGCAUAUGCAGCUAAAACACUUGGUAUUCCUGCAACUAUAGUGCUCCCUGAGAGUACCUCAGGAUUUGUCAUAGAUAAACUCAGAAACGAGUAUGGAGCAGAGGUGUUGCUUCAUGGCAAAGUAUGGGAUGACAGUAAUAAAUUUGCAGCCGAGAUGGCGAAAGAUUCAGAUUGUUUGUUUGUACACCCAUACGACCAUCCAGAUAUAUGGGAAGGACAUUCAAGCAUGAUUGAGGAAGCUGCCCAGCAGAUGCCAUGUAAACCAGAUGUUAUUAUUGCAUCUGUCGGAGGGGGAGGACUACUCAACGGUGUUAUGGUGGGCAUGAAAAAAGUUGGCUGGAGUGAUGUCACCUGUAUUGCUAUGGAAACUAUCGGAGCAGAUUGUCUGAAUGUAUCACUUAAAGCUGGCAAAAUUGUUACAUUACCAGAUAUAACUAGUAUAGCUUGUCUCGGAGCACUAACCCCAUCUGCAAAAACUUUUGAAUUUGCACAAUCUUUUGAGAAGUUUCAUUCUGCUGUUGUUGAAGAUAAAGAAGCAGUUUCAGCCUGUCUUAGAUUUGCAGAUGAUCACAAAUUGUUGGUAGAGCCAGCAUGUGGGGCCAGUUUAGCUGCUGUGUAUGGAACAAUAAUACAGGAUUUACAGUAUAGAGGGAAAUUAGGAGACGUAAAGUCAGCUUUAGUAAUUGUAUGUGGAACGGGCUCUUCUACUCUUAAACAGCUGCAGGCUUGGAGAGAUAUGUUUAACCUAUGAGAAAAAUAAAAAUGCACAUAUGACCAAUACUAUUUUGGUGCAAUGUAACCCUGCUUCAUUAAAAAAAAAAAAAAAAAAAAAAAAAAAAAAAAAAAAAAAAACAA